CGCGCAAAAGGCGUUUAGAGCCUGGUGAUUCACAAAGCAAAUCGCGCAUCUGAUAAUCUUAUCAGAUCUGAUGGUGGGAUGUCAUCCUGUCGUUCCUUCCUGCCAAGCCCUCCCCAUCGCGCCUUCCCUUCCUAUCGAUAGCGGAAGAUCCUCGGUCCCUCUUUUUUCUUCCUCAGCAGAACCGCGCCGUCUCGCAUUGCAGUGCGGGUCCCAGAACGUCCUUCGCGAAAAUGUCGACAGCCGUUGAAACACAAGCCGCCCCGGUCGCGGAGGUGAGCGCUGUGAGCGCUGUGAAGGGAAUGCGCAAGAAUGGCAAGCAGUGGCAUGACAACAAGAAAGCGUUCCGACCCCGGGCGAACCAGUCCUCGUUCGAAAAGCGAGCGGCAGAGCGGAAGGCCCUUGACGCCACCAAGGCCAAAAUCAAGGAGAUGAAGGACGAGAAGGAAGCAGAGCGACAACGUCGGGUUGAGGCGAUUCGCACCAAACGAGCCGCAAAGGAAGAGCGCGAGCGCUUCGCAAAGAUGGAGGAGAAGAUGCACAAGAAGCGCGUUGAGCGCUUGAAGAGGCGGGAGAAGAGGAACAAGAUGCUUGCGUCUUGAGCAUGCCCACGAUUGACACGACUGUUGAACUAUGGAAUGAGACGCCCUCUGACUUCCAAUCUCGGCUGCAUGUCUUGGCUGCAUAGACGCAUCCACGACGAUACCCCAUGGCGAGCACGCAUGGCAGCACUUUUCAGAAUCGGACUUCAGGAAGCUCACAGCACAAUGAUGACGACAGAGACUACCUCUGACAUGGCUAGUCGCUCAUAGGUGAUAAGCGGACAUGUCCAGCAGUACCUAUUACGACUUCGAGCGCGGAAACAUCAAGACGCGUCUACUGGUAGAGCCAUUUACUAUGGUCCUGUAUUCUCUACGAUAGCGUACAAUGUUACUCUACGAGCCCAAUAGCGG